GUUGGCCAGUUCACUUGCGUACGCCGUGGCAUCAACACGCACCAGCAAAAACCAGCGCAUCAGCCGACCUGAUCCAGUUCCAUUCCAUAAAAGUUAACAAAAGGGAAAUCUCAACCGAGCGCCAUGGAGUUCAACAAUCGCCUCUUGCUGAAGAUCAUCGAGCUGGCCAUCGCCAUCGCCUGCAUUGUGCUGUACGAGACGGUCGGAAACUUGUCCCUCCAUCCGGUGAUUGUGGCCGGCACCGUUGGUGGCUACACCGUCAUCUGCGGCGUCCUGCUGAUCGGCCAUGUGCUCAACUCGCUGGUGGAGAAGCGACUGAACGCCCUGUUCUCGCUGAUCGGCUGCCUGCUGUUCGUGGCCUCCGGAGCUCUGGUGAUCGAUGAGUGGCACGGCGGACUCCUGAACACGGACAGGAAGCGCCAGGCCAUCGGCGCCGGAUCCCUGAUGAUCAUCAAUGCGGCCGUCUUCCUUCUGGACACCCUCUGCAUCUGCCGGACACGGCAGGAGGUGCCCGUUUUGGUGGAGGAGUCGAGGAAAAAUAAAGUCGAGAUAGAUCGCUUUUAGAGAUGCAAAGCAGAGAUACGGAGCCGCUGAGAUACAAAGAUACAAAGAUACAAAGAUUCGGAUGCACAUUCAAAACGCCAAAGACUUGAAACCGCCUUGUGAUUUAUAUAUUUACUUUUGUUUAUACUUUGUAUGUUUUUUCUCUCCCCCUUUUUGUUUUUAUGCUAUUUACCCAUUUUUGUUUUGUUGUUUAACUAAUAACUUGCGCUAAGUUUACAA